AUGAGUCAAGACGAUCAAACGGAUGUUAUUGAUAUUAAAUCAGAGGGUAAAGGAGAAGAAAAGAGAACCCGAAUUAAUAUUAUUAAAGGUGAUCCUUCUCGUAGAAAGUCAAACUCUCUUGCCGAUCAAUUAAAGAAAAUAUUGAAUUUUUACAAAAUGUUAAUGGAAAAGUACCCACCAGUCGCAGUUAAAUCAAUUACAGCUGCUCUUAUUACUUUUAUUGCUAAUAUUGUAAGCCAAAAGUUUAUCAAGAAAAAGACAGAAAUUGAUUGGAAUUCAGUUAUUAAUUUUACAAUUACAGGAGGAUGCAGCUCUGCUUGUUCUCACUUUUGGUAUGGUUUUUUGGAUAAUAUUAUGGAUUAUUUGAAGGAAAUCAAAUCGUUGAGACCAAUCGUUUGCAACCCAACCAUUGAAAAGUUUGCAUUGGUUCCUACCUUAAUUGAUCAAGCUGUUUAUGCUCCAUUCAUCAAUGCUUUUUAUAUUGUUGUUUUGGCCUUUGUUGAAUCAAGAGCUUUUGUGGUAGAUAAGGCUUUGGCCAACUUGAAACGUGAUUUCUAUACCACUUUGAAAUCAGGUUAUAUGCUUUGGCCACUUGCUACUAUUGUUGUUUUGAGUUCUAGCCCUCCAGACCUUGUUGUACUCUUCUUCAACAUUAUUGGUUUCUUCUGGAGUUUGUAUUUGGCCAAAACUCUCUAA